AUAGGCUGGGUUUUCCCAUAAGCGAUGAGUUCGCUACAGAUAUAGUUCUGAACUCUCUUCCUAGUGCAUAUGCUCCGUUCAUCUCGAACUAUCACAUGCAUGGUAUGGAUAAGAAGCUCACUGAACUACAUGGGAUGCUCAAGACAGCAGAGGCUGACCUCAAGAAAGGCACCAGUCAAGUGUUGAUGGUGCGGAAUAAGGCUAAGUUCAAGAAGGGUUCUUGGACUAAGAAGAAGAAGGCUAAGUCAGGAGGCAAAACUCAGGACUCUGUCCCGAGCGCUGCCUCAGGGACUAAGCCGUCUCCUGCAGCUGGAUCCACUUGCUUCUAUUGCAAGACGGAUGGGCACUGGAAGAGGAACUGCAGCAAGUUUUUGGCUGACAAAGCCAAGAGUGGAAGUGGGACUUCUAACUCAGGGGCUGGUAAGAACUAGGAGCGUGGCAAGAGGCGAGGUUGAUAUUCGAGUCGGCAACAAAGCGAGAGUCGCUGCGUUGGAAGUAGGCACGAUGCAACUUCAUUUACCUUCAGGAUUCUUAAUGGAGCUGAAUAAUUGUUAUUAUGUUCCAGUGCUUAGUCGAAACAUUAUUUCUGCCUCAUGUUUAAUGAGACAAGGUUAUAAGUCGAAUAUUAAGAAUAAUGGUUGUUCUUUAUAUUUGAAA